UCCUUGCCUCCAGCUCUGCCCGGGCUGCGCCGGCAGGGGCAAGGCAGCCCCGGGGCGUGCAUGCAACGCUGCGCGCUGCUAGCCGCCUUCCACCCUCACCCCGCGCCCGUCCCGGCCUCCCGCCCUGCCCCUCCUCCCGCCGCAGGGAGGCGCCGCUCCCCCGGGAGCCGCCUGCGGAGCCCACCUGGCUGGUCCCCGGCUGCGCGGGAGCGGGAGCCGCGGCCGCCCCAGGGUUUAUUGAGAACCGAGAAGCGUCGAAUCCAGCAAAUAUCAGUCAGCAACAAUUAGGCUUGUUCCUAACAGAAAACAUGUCUGAAAUUGAUUUUGAGGAAUUAGCCGAAAUAGAAUUACAGAAAGAUGAGGCAGAACAUGCAGUAAUGGAGAAGCAAAAGACCUCCUUCACACCAGCAACAUGUGAAGACACUGAACUAAGCAUUAAUCAUCCAUACUACGAUGUUGCAAGGCAUGGCAUUGUACAGCUAGCAGGUGAUGACAAUUCUGGGAGGAGGGUGAUUACUUUCAGUUGCUGUCGUAUGCCCCCUUCCCAUCAGCUCAAUCACAGCAGACUCCUAGAAUACUUGAGGUAUACACUCGACCAGUAUGUGGAGAAUGAUUAUACCCUGGUCUACUUUCACUAUGGCCUGAACAGUCGGAAUAAACCUUCUCUGAACUGGCUGCAAAGUGCCUACAAAGAAUUUGACAGGAAGUAUAAGAAAAAUCUUAAAGCACUCUAUGUUGUACAUCCAACCAACUUCAUAAAAAUUCUGUGGAACAUUUUUAAACCUCUCAUAAGUCAUAAGUUUGGGAAAAAGAUCACCUAUUUGAACUAUUUAAGUGACCUGAGAGAGCAUCUCAAAUAUGACCAGCUUAAUGUUCCUGAAGAUGUUAUUCGACAUGAUGAAAAUCUUCGGGAUAAACAGAAGGGGAGACCACCACCUUCAGCUAAGGUUCCUCCACCAAGACCUCCUCUUCCUACGCAGCAAUUUGGGGUCAGCCUACAAUAUCUCAAGGACAAAAAUAAAGGCCAACUAAUUCCACCAGUAAUGGAGCAAACUGUGUUCUACCUGAAAAGUAAAGGGCUCCGAGUAGAAGGCCUGUUCAGAAGAUCAGCCAGCAUACAAACUAUCAAAGAGGUUCAGAAACUCUAUAAUCAGGGGAAGCCUGUGAAUUUUGAUGACUAUGGAGAUAUCCAUAUUCCUGCUGUUAUCCUGAAGACCUUCCUCAGGGAACUCCCACAGCCUUUGCUAACCUUUGAAUCCUACGAUCAAAUCCUUGGAAUCACCAGUGUGGAAAGUAGUUUACGAGUGACGAGCUGUAAACAAGUAAUCCAAGGACUUCCUGAGCACAAUUAUGUUGUUCUGAAAUACUUGAUAUGCUUCCUUCAUAUGGUAUCCCAGGAGAGUAUUUAUAACAAAAUGACUGGAUCCAACCUGGCAUGUGUCUUUGGGUUGAAUUUAAUCUGGCCGCCUGAAGGAGCUUCUUCCCUGAGUGCUUUGAAUCCUCUGAAUCUCUUCACUGAAUUACUGAUAGAUUUCUACUCCAAGAUCUUCAGUUCACGAACAGUACCUGGUGAUAUCUUACCUUAAUGUUCACAAAAAGGGAAAAGGAAUAUGCCUACCUUAGCAGAAAUCUUCACAUAUAAACCUAUGAGAAUUUACUAUACACAGGAUUUUACAGAAACAAGUAUAUUUCAUAUACAGAGCAAAAUCCUUUUCUCAAUUUUGCAUCACCAUGAUUUUGCAGAUAUCAAAGAUGUUAGGGGAAAUAUGCUUACCGAUACUGUUUGUAUGUGGAUGUGUGUAUAUAAACAUUCACAAACCUACAGGUCAAAGUGGCAUAAACUUUCCUCUUUUCAUAAUCUUUAGCAAUUGUUAAAUAUUUGUUAGUUUAAAAAUUCAUAACAGUAGAUAAGACUGUCAUUUAUUUAAGCAUCCUGAAGUUUCCUACUUUGUGGCAUUUUUUUCUAGGGCGAUGCUAAGUCAUCACUUGGGCCAUAACUUCUGGACCAUCAUACCCCUUCUUGCAGUAGGGCUAUACAGGCAAUUUUUUCCUCUGGAAAAAGUUUCUUUUGAAGUCUUCAAAUGUAUACAAAUUAUAGAUCAAUUUUUCAGAAUUUCAGGCACUCAUUCCCACAUGCACAAAAAGAGUGUGCACUUGUGUCUGCGUUUAUGUGCAAGUACCAUGAAAACCAAAGUAUUUGCCAGUGUCAGUUAGGUUAUGCAUACAUCUGUCUCUGUGCUUUUAAAUAUCUAGUAUGCCUGUCCAACCAUUGUAGUUGCAUGUGCAAACUAAGUGGAAAAUUACACAAGCACUCUUGAGGUUUUAAAAAUCAAGUAAUUUGUGUUUUUAUUUUUAAAGAAUUUCUGUUUGUAUCAGUAUAUAGUUAAUACAGAAUGUAAGAAAACCUUGUUUGAAAAAGGCAUUGAAUGUUUUCAUUAUUUGCUGUAUGCUCUUCAAGUUUUUUGAGUUGUUAGAAAUCUGCUCCUAAAAUCAGUCUCUCCCACACACACACACCCAAAAAAAAGAGAGAGAGAAAGAAAGAAAACCUUAACUCACCCUGAACCCUGGAAAAUACUCCUGAUGGCACUUUUAUCUAAUCUAGUGUGUGUUAUCGGUGGGAUGACAUUAAUCCCAGUGGGAAUAAUUAGCCAUAGUAAUGUAAGGGGGAGUUUCUGUGUUUUCUCUCUAGAUACUUGUAUUUGAAUACCACUUUACAGUUCUGCUCCCUCUGUCUGCUACUGAUCAUUAGUGGAACAGGAUACGGAUGUUGUCCUUGUAACAGCAAAAGGGACUGAAGCAGUGGUGACCAAAGUAAGCAGUAUUUUCCCAAACGUCUGCUUCUCCUGCUCCCAUACAAAGCUGCUGAAGGAGACGUACCCUUCAGGAUAUAGUAAAGACAAUGAUCCAUGGAGACCAGUUUGGUUAUCCCUUCACCUUCAAAAACAAAGCAACCCUUUUCCUUCUCGCGGUUCUAGCUAACUGGGGGCUUGUGCUUCUAGUCUCUCAUCUUGAUAGCUACUAAGUAUCUAUCUGCCUGUCUGACAGAUGCAGGCUUCCAAAUCCUUGUGUGAGAGAGCAAGUAGUGAUUUAUUCUUUUUGGCAAUUUAGAGAAAAUAGGAGAGAGUACCCAUCGAACUAUGUCAGUCCUAUGUUUGCCCAGUAGAUGUCAUGUACAGCAUAAGGCUAUAAAAGGAAAUUAUUAAAAUGUCAAUAAUCAAAAAGCUAUAGAACAAGCUGUACUGUAUGUCACAUCCUUUUAAAAUUUAAAUUAUGGUGUAAUUUUCUCUUAAUUCAUCAAGUGUUUCAAAAUUUGGGCUUUUAAAUAUCUAUUGUUAAGUGUCUGUUCUUUGUUAAAAAAAAAAAAGGGGCAUACUUGUGGCACCGUAGAGACGAACAAAUUUAUUUGGGCAUAAGCUUUUGUGGCCUAAAACCCACUUCAUCGGGUAUCAAGUGGCCAGUUUGGCAUGACUUUGCUACUUACAUAUAAAAUGUUGCACAGUAUAAAGAGAAUAAUUAAGAUGAGUUUAUGAAUUUAAUGUUGUUGCACUUUCAGGAAAAUGAGGUUGCAAAGGAGGAAAUGUGUUCAGUCUCUGUUUUAUGUCAUAAAUUGUUAAGACAAAUACAUUGCUGUGCAGUGCAGUACAGCACAGCAAUUUGAAGAUACUAUUCUGUGAAUUGGCACCAAACAUUUAUAUCAGAGGAACUUGGCCUACAGGCCAGUGCAUGAAACUGAGAAUUAGAAAACCUACUUUCUAAUACCAUUUCUUGCCCAGAGUGAGAGAGCUAUCCAGU